AUGGCGUCUGCUUCAGGUGUCUCGAUUGACCAAGAGUGCAUCACUGCAGCCAACUCCCUUCGAUUUUCGAAAGGCACCAACAAGAUCAAGUUCAUCAUCUUCAAGAUAACCGAUGAUGAACAAGCGGUUGUAGUUGAAGAGACGUCUUCUGAUACCGAUUAUGACAUCUUUCGUCAGAAGCUUCUCUCGGGUGUUGACAAGUCUGGAAAGCCUGCACCACGCUAUGCAGUUUACGAUGUGGACUAUGACCUUGGAGAGGACGGAAAGAGGACUAAAUCUGUUUUUGUGUCAUGGGUGCCACAGACUGCACCUAUCAAGCUCCGCAUGCUUUACGCCAGCACGAUGGAAUAUCUGAAAAAGGCAGUAAAUAUCGGUGUAUUCAUUCACGCUGACGACCAGGAAGAUAUCGAGUGGGAGGAGAUGAUCAAGGCCGCGAGCGGUGGCAAGGCUAAAUAG